GUGCUGGACUAGAACCUGGAAGGGAAUAUCUAAUUCAAAAUGUUCUCUCAUUCUGAUUUAAGAAGAAUGAGUCUCUGGCAAUGCAAAUUCUGAAGAAAGUCUUUAAGGUUUACUCUUUAACUAUCCGUCAGACUCCAUGGUGGAAUAAGGAAGACACAAGCAUAAAUAUGGUUAAACUCACGCCAGCCGUGCUCCACAGUUUUCUCCUUCAAUAUCUCCUCCAGCCACAUUGUCAGUGUUCACAGAUUCUGUCUCACUGGUGGGCAUGCUCACUACAUGGAUCAGAGGAAUGAAAAUAGAAGGUCAGUAAUUGGUCUGCAAUACACAAAUGUGCAGUUCCUGGCAGUGAAGGUGCUUGCUUAGCAAAAAAGCAUAAAUUAAUAAGGAAAAUGAAUUGUGACCAGAGGAAAAGCCCUAAGAUAACAUUUUCCUGAAGUUUAACCUGUUUGUUUCAAACAAUGUGAUACAAAUUUCCUGAACUAUUUUUACAUCCCACAAAGAUACCUCUUAUUGACAUUUCCAUCUGGCACAGCCCCCUAAACUUUAAACUUCCACAAAAUAAAGUCACAGAGACUUUCUGCUUUCCUUGGUCUGUUUUUGUGCACAACUGUCUUUCCAUAUAUAAGUUUUUUAUUUUUAUUUUUUAAAAUCCUGAUUUAAAGAACAGUGCACAGUCCAAACAGGAAUAUGCUUUAUGGGCAGGAAAUGAGCAAAAAACAAAAGAGCUGUGUUGAGGAAAAGCCAGAGACAAGGUAAUUAAAAAGUGAUUGUGAAUAACUACAAUGCUAGAGCACUAGGGCAAUGUUGUCCUAACAUUCUAGGAUGCAAAAUUAGGAACAAUCCACACAACCAUCCUGGCAUACUGAGAUGUUAGUUAAAUAAAUGCACACAUUGCUUUGCAUGUGGAAUAGCAAGUUAUAUUAUUGUUUCAUUGGGUAAUUUAGUCAACAUGUACCAUACUAUCACUCUACCCUCUAUGGAAGCUUUGUGGUUGCCUUACACGCUGGGCAUUUUGUAAAACAAUCACACUUAUGGCUCAAGCAAUUCACCCUAAAUAUAGACAGAAAGUAAAUACAGUAUAAAGCUUUUGCUUCUAUUUAACACUUGAUGAUUUGGACAGGGCAGGUAACAUCCAAAGCAUGUCAUCUAGGUGCAGAGCACAAAUGUGAAAAAGGAGAUUUAGAGUUGAUUCAUACAAUAGUCUUGAGAAGCUAGGAUGCAGGUAAACAUGGUUGUACACACAUUAUGAAUCAACCCACUACCUGGAUAGUCACUAGUCAGCCAGUGAUAAGCCAGUGAGGUUUCUUUCCCUUUUGAGUUUGUCACAAAGUUUGCGUGUAAUUUAUAUGCAUAGAGAAGAAAAAGUUGACCAUUUCACCAUACACCCAUUUUAACACAGGUUGAAAUGAAACUAUAUUCUGGAAGGAUUGUAUGAAUUAGUUCACUUACACAAGCUGUUUCUUGCUCAUUUUGCAACCCACCUCAGGUCAGGGAGUAACCCAUUAGCAAGUGCUAUAACGCAAGAUUUGUUCUCUAUACAUUACAGUUACAUAAGUUUGGGAGUGUAGAACAUACAUGAAAUUUAACAGGCUUACAGCCACUGACUAUUUCUAAUAAAAUCAAAAGAGGGCAGUUAAGAAGCUAAGCAGAAGUAAUGUUUUCUCCUACACUCCACAUCAGUGUGUCAUCAUUCUGAAUCUUAAGGCUUCUUGACACUAUGAACAAUUCAGAUGAGUUAACAUAAUAAAGUUGAAUGAUAUGAGUCCCACAAAUACUUUUCUAGAAGACAAUUGUAAAUGUUUCACAAUAGGCUAUUUGGUGCAUUUCCAGGCCCUGUAUAACUUGAAUAGAAGACUUAAUGAAACACAACAUCCUGAUGUGGAGGAUGCAGAGGGUAUUCACAGAAUCCUCAAGAUACUUGCAGGGAAGUGAACUUCUGUAGGUCACUUGAAUAUAUUUUGAAAGAUAAAUUAUAUAUGUGAAAGAUUAUGAAGUACAGAAAUAAUGUUAAAGCAGAAUUAUGAUAUCAAGGCAUUACUCCAUAUUAUUUUAUCUUUCAGAAUAGUGAGCUUGUCAGGGAUCUGUGACCUUUACAACCAAUUGUUUGCCCAUGGCAGGUCUUUUUAUGUUGCUCUUUUAAAUGACUUAGAAGCACCAAAUCUUUAAUACUGUCUUUCUACAGUAAGGAAUGACUACUUUUUCUGAGGGGUGAUUCAGCCACUAGAGCCUAGCAUCUUCCCCAUAGACACAAAAAUCUACUUAUUCCAUGAUGCACCUCUCCCACACUAGUCAUAAGGUACAGGCAAUGGGCUCUUUAAACCAAACCAGGGAAGAAAGCAGUAACGAGCCCUUAGCCCAUAAUAUUUUGACUUGUGAAGUGAGUGUGUGAGUGCCAAAAAAUGUGGUUGCCCUUAAGCCCUUGCUAAAUUAAAAACAUGGGUCCUAAUGAAAAUUACAGACUUUAGUAGAGCACUUAGAUAGCCAGCAUAGCAUAAAUUUAACUGUUAUUAUGCAUAUUAUCUCCUGGGUCUUUGGAUAAUAAAGCAAUCUAUGGCCUUUUAAGCUGCAGGGGAAGGGGGUUUACUGUUUUUGUUUACUAUAGUAUGUAUUUUGUGUUUUUAUAUUGCAAACCACCCUGUGAUCCUUGGAUGAAGGGCAGUAUAGAAAUCUAAUAAAUAAUCGUAAACACCCUAAGCAAAUUUUGGCAUCUGUCUUGACAGACAAUGAAGUGUGCCUCCAGGGUCCAAACAGCUGCAUUAGCAGCACUGAAGUGACCUCCCUGGAUUGUCACAGGUCCUGGCCUGUCCAAACAACAAUAUUCCCUCUUAUUCUUAUCCCAAUAUUCCAAAGGAAAGCAGAGAAAUACAUUUGGCACCAGCUUGGCUGUAGGAGUUGCUGGAAGGAUGCAUACAAUGUGUCAUCCAGCACUGGUCAUAGAACAGGAUAAGAAUUUAUUUAUUUAUUGAAUUUAUAUACCACCCUAUAUCUGCAGGUCUCAGGGUGGUUCACAGAAUAAAAUCAAAAUAUAAAACCUCAAAAUACAUACUCAAAACAAAAGCAGCAACCCAAUAACCCCUCCCCCACCUUAUAAGAUAAUAAGAGGAGCCCUUAUGGAUAAGCCCAAAGGCCUAUAUUAUUCCGCAUUCUUUCUCACUGUGGCCAACCUGAUGCCUAGUGCAAAAGCACUCCCAUUCCUGAUUCACAGCAACUGGUAUUCAGAGAACACUUCCUCUGAUACUGGAGGUAAUAUAGCUAUCAUUGCUUUGUAAUCAUUGAUAACCUUAUCCUCCAUGGAUUUGUCUAAUUCCUUUCAAGAGCUGUCCAGGUUGAUGGUCAUCUUGUGAUAGCAAAUCUCAUAGUUUUAACUGUGUGCUGUGUGAGGAAGUGCUUACUUACUCCUGUCUGUCCUGAAUCUUCCACCAUUUCAAUUACCGUAACCAUAUUCAAUCUAUAUCCAUAGUGCUGCAAUUUUCUCACCUAAUAUUUUUCUGCUCUCCAAAUAAAGUACCCAAAAUGAACUAUACUACUAUACUAUCUAUACUACUCAGGGGUGACACAAUGUGUUUGGACAGAUGAUUUGGCAGCCCCUCAGACCACAGAACUUUAUACAACUUUAUGAGGUUUUAUGGCAUGCCCUGUAUUGUUGAAAGAUAUCCAAGAUGUCACCAAACAUUAUUUUAUUCUAAUAAUUCAUCCACACAAUCACCUUCUUGCACAACAGGGAGAAAAGUAGAGCUGUCACCUUUUGUUUCUGGUCCAACUGAAAAGUUGGGCUUUAGAAAGUCUGAUAUUUCCUUCAAAACUUUUUUUAAAAAAUGUCAGUACACUGAAAAUAUUUUGAAACAUUUUUAUCUACCACUUUCGAAGAAGACUAUCAAAAACAAAAACAUAAUCAAAAUGUUUUGCAUCCAUUCAUCAGGUUCUAUUGUUUUCUUUUGAUGGUAGUCAGAAAUUAUUUAAUAAGAGACUGUAUAAAAAUAUAUUAAUGACUUUAAUUAGCUGAAUGCAAUAAUCUUCUUUGUGGUUAAAAUGAUAUAAGUCCCACCCCACCCCGCCAGCAACACAUGGUAAGAUAUUCAGCUUUUAAAAACAGUAUGUCUACCUGUGUAAAUGUAAACAGGGCUCAUCCAUACUUCUGUUUGUGAUUACUAGUCAUGAGUCCAAGAGGUUCUUUUUUUUGUCCUGCCACUUUCCCUGGGAAAAGCCAAUGUUUACUGCUGAAUCUGCAGAAAAGCCAAUCAACAUUUACCCCAGUUCAGCAGUAAACCACAGGUUUUCCCAGGGAAAGCGGUAGGACCCCCCCCCCCAAAGAAAAGAAAAGAAAAAGAAAAAAGGGAACUUAUUGGAACUAUGACUAGAAAUCACAGCACAAACAAAGUGUGGUUGAGCCUAAAGAGUGUAGGCUGUGCAACAACCAUGGAACUAUGUGGGAGGAGGGUGAAUCCUAUAAAACUGAAUGUAGAUUAUAUAGCAGCAAAGCUUAUCAGCAGCCAUUACUCCUCCAACAAAACUGAUAAUAGUGCCUUCUCUUUUUAUACUUAAUAUUUUGUACAAUCUUCUUUUUAGAAAAAAUUAAACAUCUAGAACAUCAUAGCUUGCUAUUAACUCCCUAUGCCAAUACCUUCCAAUAAGUUUAUUUUACCUGUCUGCUCAAAUAAGUCACCUAAGGAAUAAUGAAAUAUUCACUUGCUGUGGGAGAAGCAUUCAAAGAAAAAUAUUCUCAGGUUAGCAUUUUAUCACAUGGUUGCCCCUGGGACACAAAAUGAAAUUAUUUGGGGAUGUAAGACAUUAGAUGGAGCUCUUGGAGGCAGCAUGGGAUACAGUUUUGAUGACAUCAGGAAGAAAAGGUUGAUCCAAAAAGUUACCACCUUAUACACAAGUGCACAAUGCUGCAGAAGCUAUAGAAAGACACAGACAUGCACCAACGGACUACACAGUUACUACACAGAAACAUACACAUACACAUAAAGGAUGGACACAGAGUACAUUGGAACGUUACCAUGAGUUUCUGUGGAGUGACUAAACCAAGCAAACUUUCCUUUCUUCUUAUCAGGCAAGCCAGCUGGAGCGUUUUCUUUCACAGACAAGAUGGUCAAGUACCAGGAACAAGACAUCAACAGAGAACAUGCAGCCGGGAACGGUCAAAAGAAAAAGAAACAAGGAACUCAGCUUACAUGUAGGACAGCCACCUCUUAUCUCUCAUCAUGGGAAUUAAGAAUGCAGAAUGAAAACAAAGGAAUAUGGAAGAGUGAAACAUUACAACAGAAGGGGUCGUCAGUAUCUGCUAAACAUCCUCUUCAGUGUUCUCAUAUGCAUUACACCUGAAGCCAGGGAAUGCCAGAAACACUGGCUGAACUGAAGCCACAAAGACACCAAGAUAAUAAACUACUGAGUAUGCAGCUGCUGCUUCUGGAAGCAUCUCUAAAACUUACAUUAAACUUGCUUAUGUCACCCAAUAUAGGGAAUAUCUAAUGUGUUUUAGCUUAUUUUGACUUUUGCUACACAACACUGGCUUUCUGUGGAUGGUAUCCAACUAAGUCAUACUCAGAUUAUACCUACUGAAAUCACUAGGCUUAAAUUAGCCAUGACUAACAUAACUCCAUUGAUUUCAGUUAGUUUGCUAAGAAUGACCUAGUCAGCUUUUAUGGUUUCAUGAGGUUUAAAUGUUUAUAUUGUUCAGUGCCUUGAUCAUUGUUAUGAGCUGGUAAUGUAACUACAUAAAGGUAGUCUUUAUGUGAGUAUAUUGUAUUCAAUUAUGGGGUAUCAGAGUUUUUAGGGGCUAACCAGGUUGGGAUAGCUGGGAUAGCAGGCUUGUGGGUUUUUUAAUGUCUGAUGUAGAUUUUUUCAAUUUCGUCGUUCUGUAUGGGACAAUGACAAUAAAGAUUAUCGUAUAGGUUUUUCUUGAAGGGC